AUGGUAGACGCGGAGACACUUUCUCAGAAACCAGAAGUACAAGCUGGUUCCAAAGUGAAUGUUGUCAACAUUGAUGGAAAACAGAAGCGCUACUGCUCACAGAAUCUCUUUUAUCGUGUUCAUUCUUGCAAUGGUGAGAAAGUCCCAAGGUCAUGGUUGUGUUAUUCACCAGCAACAUCUUGCAUUUACUGCUUUGUAUGUAAAUUAUUUUCUGCUGAUGAUAAUUCAUUCUCAAGGAAUGGCUUUUGUGAUUGGAAAAAUGCAGCUUCACGAAUACAGUCACAUGAAAACAGCAUUGCACAUAGAAAUGCAACAAUCCCAUUCAGCCAAAGAGUACAAGUCAGAGGAUGUGUAGAUUCAGCAAUAGUUGAGCAAUACAGACAGGAAUGUGCAUAUGCAAAAUCUGUGCUAGAAAGAGUUGUCUCAGUUAUCAAAUUCUUUGCUGAAAGAGGGCUCGCAUUUAGAGGACAUACUGAAAUAUUGGGGUCAAGUUCUAAUGGCAAUUUUUUGGGAAUUUUGGAGUUGAUUGCUCAGUUUGAUCCAUUCCUCUCCAGUCUAUUGACAACCAUGGUGGUAAGGGGAAAGGCUCUGUUUCACUCCUGUCAUCAACAAUUUGUGAUGAGUUAA